AUGAGCUCAUUAUCUGCUGUAGAAGCUAAACUCGAGGCUGAAUCAAAGGCUUUUCAAUUAUUACAAAAGGAACUUUCCCAAGUGAUCGAGUCAAGACAACGUUUAGAAUCGCAACAACAGGAAAACGAACUUGUCAACACUGAAUUUGAGCAUUUGGAUGAAGACAGCAAUAUUUAUAAACUUAUCGGCCCCGUCUUGGUCAAGCAAGAUAAGAGUGAAGCUGCUACCAAUGUCAAGAACAGACUUAAUUUGAUCUCGAGCGAAAUUAAACGUGUCGAGACUCAACUCAAUGAAUUAACACAAAAAUCAGAGGCCAAAAAACAAGAGAUUGGUCAAUUGCAAAUGCAAUAUCAACAAUUGGCAGCAAAGAAAUAA